GCUAUAAAAUAGAAAAUAUGGUUCGGACAGGGAACGUCGAUAUCUGAAGUAAAUCUAGCCGGCGACGGAGAGAUGGCUCCAGAAACCAAACGGCGGCAUGUUCUUGUCUUUCCGUUCAUGGCUGAAGGCCACACCCUCCCUCUCCUAGACCUCUCAAAAGCCUUCUCAAAACGAGGCAUCAAGGUCACCAUCAUCACCACCCCAUCCAACGCCAUCUCCAUCGCCACCCACUUCGAGGCCGUAGCCGACUACCCCGACGUAAACCUCAUCACCAUCCCAUUUCCGGCGAUCCCCGGCCUCCCGGACGGCUGCCAGAACACUUGUCAUCUCCCCUCCAUCGACUUCCUCGUGCCCUUCUUCCAAGCCACCAAGCAUCUCCAGCCCCACUUCCGGCAAGUCCUGCAGGACCUGUCAGACUCGGGUGAUCUCCCCAUCUGUGUCAUCUCCGACUUCUUCCUCGGCUGGACCCAAGACUCCUGCCAGGCCUUCGGCGUGCCCAGGCUCGUGUUUAACGGCAUGGGUGUUCUCUCCAUGGCCAUCUGCAAACUCGCCUGGACCGAAUCUAUGAAGUCCGGGCCAAUUCCAGACUCCAAGACAGUGGUCUUCCCAUGCCUGGACCUCCCGUUUGUCCUAACCGGCGCAGACUUGCCCAAGGGGCUCCAAGAUCCGAACCCCGACGACCCAUUUACUCAGUUCGUUGCAGAGGCAGGCCAAGAGGAGUUCAAUUGCUGGGGCGUCAUAGUGAACAGCUUCCUGGAACUGGAAGGAAGCUAUCUUCCAUCUCUUGAACCAUUCUACAAUGUCGCCAAAGCCUGGUGCUUAGGCCCUCUUUUCCUCCACCACAACAUGGAGUUCAAAAGCCAAGAUGAUCACGAUGCCAUCAUAAACUGGCUCGACAAGCAAACCGACCCAGCCUCGGUGAUAUAUAUCUCGUUUGGGACACAAGCCGAGGUAUCCGAAGCACAGCUGAACGAGGUCGCCUACGGUUUGGAGCUUUCAGAUGUUCCAUUUCUGUGGGUAGUGAGGUCGGCACUGAAAUGGUCUUGGCCUGACGGACUGGAAGAAAGGCUGAAGGCAAAGGGAAAGGGUUUGAUCGUAAGAAACUGGGUUGAUCAGAGAAGAAUAUUAUGGCACAAGGCCACCGGCGGAUUUCUAAGUCACUGCGGCUGGAACUCGGUGCUGGAGAGCGUGUCGGCCGGAGUGCCGAUCCUGGCGUGGCCAUUGAUCGCCGAGCAGUCGUUGAACGCCAAGUUUGUAGUGGAGGGGCUUGGGGCUGGGAUUGAUUGGCAGAAGACGACGCUACAGAGCUCGGAGAAUAAUGGAGUCACCACUACUGUUGCUAGAGAGGCAAUCUGCAAAGGGGUGCAGGAUUUGAUGUGGGGGCGCGAAGGGGAAGAGGCCAGAGAACGAGCGCAGGGUUUGGGGCGUCUUGCUCGGAGAGCAGUGGACCAAGGGGGGUCGUCUUGUCAAGUCAUGGACAGGCUUCUUCACCAGCUUUGUGCUUGAUUAUUGGGUUCGGGUUCGAUUCGGUUCUUUUUGGUUUGGGUUUGGGGUUUAAGAUUCGUACCGGAUAUAACAAUUGGGUUUGGAAGAGUUUGAAAAUCAGAACCCAUGUAGUGAAUGAAAUUGAAUAAUAAAUUGGUUUGUUAUUAUCUUUAAAA